AUUUCUAAAUUGAAGGGACCAGGAAGGCGAUGACAACAAAUGGAGAGAUAAUAUCUUGCCCAGGAAAGCAAGUGAUCAAGAAGUGCGUUCGUGAAGUGCCAGUGCCCUGUCCUCAAGUGCAAUGUAAGAGAAAGCAAGAUGUCUCGUGUCCAGGAAUGCAAAUACAAUGCAGGAGACGUCCUGAGAAGGAAACUGGAUGCAGGAGGCCUCCAAAGUGUGUGAAGCGUCCUCAGAAGUUCAUCGAAAUAUGUCCAGCAGGAAACGUGCACUCAACGUCCGCGAACGGGUGUCCGAAAUGCGAAGAAAAUCGAAUCCAAAAAUUAGAAUGCGAAGUGUUCGAGUUGCGACGGGAGAUAGAGCACAUGAAACACGAGCGGAAGGAAGCUGAUAAAGCGUUGCAAAAGGCUAUUCUUCGUGGCGCGUGUGCUCUCAGUGGAGGAUACAAAACGCACGUGCCAGAAUCGGUCGAAAAGCUUCUGAACAGUUGCGACAGUAACGUCUCGACUUCAUCGUCGUAUUCGGUCACGUUAUGCUCCACGAAACCCCCGAGUGCAAGCUGCGGUAGACCGAAGAAGAGGCAUGAAUUCGCUUGUUGCCUCGACUAACCACGUCCCACGUAUUACUUUCGAAUUUUAAUUUCAACCCCGGCAACGUUUGCAAUAAAAACAAAAACCGAAUACUGUACAUUCAAUAUUGAUUGUAAUUAAUUACUCUGACGAGCGUAUGAAUGUAAAAUAAACGACGAAUGAAACGUCA